AUGACGGGCUGCACAGGGCAUAUCUGGGGCUUCGUUGCGCCAGACGUGCAAGAUCCGCCACAUUGUAUCGCCUUGUGUAGGGAGAGAUUCCUCAAGGAACUGUUGCCCGAGGAUGAGACAUUCGAGCGAGUGUGCGAGGCUCUGCAAGACAAGGAUCGCAUGGAGAGAGAACAGCCUUUUCAGGCUUUGUACUGUUGCGACGCUCAGGCUUGUGGCGUGGACAAUCUCGGUGAGCUUGGCAGAGAUCCAAAUGUCAACUGGCUCAUCAAUGCCUGUCAAGAUAUCGGUUACCACUCUGUAAUAGAUCCAGGUCCCCCUCAGCCAUAUCACAUAUGCGACCCUGAGUCUAUCAAUGGAAGUGACAAACACUGUCAAGACGCCAGCGCAGUGGACAUAACUCAAGAUGAAUCUUCUCAAACUACACCAAGACCAUCAUCGGCAAAAGCAACCACCAUCAAAGAGACAGUCUCUUCUAGACCUACAACCAAAGAAACGUUAACCUCGGUACCACUACAAAGCUCCAUACCACAAACAAGUUAUUCCACAAGCAGAGACUCUUCAGCCCAAGGAACUUCCAACCCUUCAAGCAGCGAUCAAAACGACACCAAAGACAACAAAGGAAUGCCUACGGGCGUAAAAGUAACCGUCGCCGUCAUUUCUGUUGUAGGCCUCCUCGCCAUUUGUGCUUUGAUAUUCUGCCUCUUUCGAAGGAGACGCUCUCGCAAGAACGACAUCAGAAGACUCAUCAAGCAUCCCACAUCGCCACCUCCAGUAGCAGACUCACCAACUCCUCUCGUCUCUCCAGCUAUCUCCUUUUCUGCCUCUCAUGCUGAUGCUGAGGGCGUUCCUCUUACACCACCAGCGCGGCUUCGUGAGCGGAGAUAUCUUCCCACAAUGGGUGAUCAGCAAGACAGUUUCCCGACUUCGCCCCUCUUUUCGCCAACAGGGAGGAAUCUCUCACCUAGACAUGAAAGGACGCCUAGGAUCUACAGCUCGAAUCAAGUUCCUAUGAUCGUCAUGACGGCGCCAGAUGGGGGCAACAUGAGAAAUAAUGAGCGCUCAGCGAGUAUCAGCGAUGGUAUUAUCACACCCCCACCUUCUGCUCUUAUAGAUCCCCUUGGACUUGGUGGGAAUACUUCUCCUCCUCGUCCUCCCCGAUCCCGCGAUGCUUCGUUCAAUAUGCUCGCUAGUCCAGGACCGCCACCCACAAGAGCUCUUCCCUCAACACCUCCGGUCAGGCCUUCUACUCCCACAAACCCGCCUCAAAAGGAUAUGGGUAACUACGGAGAAACAUGA